UAAAUUUUGUUAAAAUAUUUAAUAAUAUUAUACUUAUUUCUAAUUUGAUUUAAUCUUCAUUUUUUUUAAUAAUAUGUAGUACAAUCUGUAUUUUAAAGCUUUCUUGGAGAAUACUUAUAAUGUCAUCGAAAGGAAUUUUUGAAGCUGAUGGAAAACGUUUACUUUCAUGCCAUUUACAAUGUGAAUCCUUUGUUAGACCUCAAUUUUUAUCAAUUCACGCUGAUGAAGAUUUAUCUAAAAUUGAAGAUGCAAACCCAUGGUUAUUAGAAAAGAAACUUGUUGUAAAACCUGAUCAACUUAUUAAAAGGCGUGGUAAGCUAGGGUUAAUUAAAAUUAAUGCUGACUGGAAUGAGGUAAAAAAAUGGAUUAGUGAAACAUCCAGUAAAGAAAUAUUAGUGGAUAGAGCAAAAGGUUUCAUAAAACAUUUUAUUGUUGAGCCUUUCAUUGGGCAUCAUAUGGUUGAAGAAAUGUAUGUUUGUAUACUGUCUGAGCGUGACCAGGAUGUAAUUCUUUUUCAUCAUCAAGGAGGGAUUGAAGUAGGAGAUAUAGAUUCUAAGGCUUUAAAGUUAUCAGUUUGUAUUGGAGAUCAAGUAAAUGUCUCUCAGAUUCAAUGUCAACUUUUACCAAGCGUUUCUGAUGAAAAUAAAUCAACCCUUGCAGCUUUUAUUAAAAAUCUUUAUGACAUUUAUGUAGACCUACAUUUUACUUAUAUGGAAAUUAAUCCUAUUGUUGUAAACAAUGAUGGAAUUUUUAUUCUUGAUAUGGCAGCUAAAAUAGAUACAACUGCUGAUUAUUUAUGUAGCACCAAGUGGGGUAAAACUAAACUGAAGUUUCCUCCCCCUUUUGGAAGGGAAGCUUAUCCAGAGGAAGAUUUCAUAGCUGAUCUUGAUUGCAAAAGUGGAGCUUCAUUGAAGUUUACUAUUUUGAAUAAAAAUGGUAGAAUAUGGACAAUGGUUGCUGGUGGGGGUGCUUCUGUUGUAUACAGUGAUACUGUUGUGCAGUUUGGUGGAAGCAGUGAGCUUGCAAACUAUGGUGAAUAUUCAGGAGCACCAAAUGAGUCUCAAACUUUUCAAUAUGCUAAAACAAUCUUAAAGCUUAUGACAGAGGGACCAGUUCAUCCAGAAGGUAAAAUACUUAUCAUUGGUGGUGGGAUUGCUAACUUUACAAAUGUAGCAGACACCUUUUCAGGAAUUGUCAAAGCUUUAAAGGUUUAUCAAAAAGAGCUUGUUGAUCAUAAAAUUGAAAUCUAUGUUCGAAGAGGUGGUCCUAAUUAUCAAGAAGGAUUAAGGAUAAUGAGAGAGCUAGGUGAAAAACUUGGUGUUCCACUACAUGUAUUUGGGCCAGAAACACACAUGACAGCAAUAGUAGGCAUGGCACUGAAUAAAUCAAAUGCUCAUGAAUCCACAGAAGUUGAUGCAUCUUUAGAUUUCAAUAAAUUCCUUAAUGAAGACAUUUUGUCAUCACAUGUUCAAAAUCAAGAAACUGGUAAUCCGGAUAUAGAAACAAAAACCUCUGAUACUUUUACUGAUUUGUUUACUGACCAAACACAAGCAAUUGUUUGGGGAAUGCAGCUUAGGGCAGUGCAGGGGAUGUUAGAUUUUGAUUUUGUUUGUAGAAGGAAAGAACAUUCUGUUCGUGCUAUUGUCUACCCUUUCAGUGGAAAUCAUAAUCAGCGAUUUUAUUUUGGACCAAAAGAAAUUAUGAUUCAAGUUUUUGUUAAUUUCGCUGAUGCAACAAAAAAACAUCCCAAUGCAAGUGUGCUUGUUAAUUUUGCUUCUUUAAGAUCAGCAUAUGAUGCAACCUUAGAAGCACUUGCUUACCCUCAGUUUAAAACAGUUGCUAUAAUUGCAGAAGGUAUACCUGAACGAAUUACACAAAUUCUCAAUAAAAAAGCCAAGGAAAAAGGUGUCAACAUUAUUGGCCCUGCCACAGUUGGAGGCAUAAAACCAGGUUGCUUUAAAAUUGGUAACACUGGAGGUAUGCUGGAUAACAUACUUGCUUCCAAACUUUAUCGUCCUGGAAGUGUUGGUUAUGUUUCUCGUUCUGGUGGUUUGUCAAAUGAGUUAAAUAACAUAAUAUCAAGAAACAGCGAUGGUGUUAAUGAAGGUAUUGCAAUUGGAGGUGAUAGAUAUCCUGGAACUGUGUUUCUUGACCACUUUCUUCGUUAUGAAGCUAAUCCCAAUAUUAAAAUGAUGGUGCUUCUUGGAGAGGUUGGUGGAACAGAUGAGUAUAGUAUUUGUGAGGCAAUUAGAGAUGGCAAAAUUAAAAAACCUGUCAUAGCAUGGUGUAUUGGAACAUGUUCUGAAAUGCUUUCUACAGAGGUGCAAUUUGGACAUGCAAAUGCUUGUGCUAAUAAUUUGGCUGAAACAGCUGUUGCAAAGAACAAGGCAUUAAAGGAUGCAGGCGCCUAUGUACCAAAUUCUUUUGAUGAACUUGACAAGCUUAUCAGAUUAGUAUAUGAAAAGCUUGUUGCACAUGGUAAAAUUGUUCCACAUCCAGAAGUACAGCCACCAACAGUACCUAUGGAUUAUGAUUGGGCCCAGGGACUUGGACUAAUUCGUAAGCCUUCAUCAUUUAUUUCUGCAAUAUGUGACGAAAGGGGGCAUGAGUUAGUGUAUGCUGGAAUGAAAAUUUCCGAUAUAUUUAAGAAAGAUUUGGGUAUCGGAGGAGUGUUGGGACUUCUUUGGUUUCAAAGGAGAUUGCCUUCAUAUGCGUGCAAGUUUAUUGAGAUUUGCUUGAUGAUAACGGCUGACCAUGGCCCAGCUGUAUCAGGGGCACACAACACAAUUGUUACUACACGAGCUGGAAAAGAUCUCAUAUCUUCACUUUGCUCUGGACUACUGACAAUUGGUGAUCGAUUUGGUGGUGCCUUAGAUGGUGCUGCAGCUCAAUUUUCUGAGGCCUUUGAUGCUGGUAAAACAGCCAUGGAAUUUGUUAAUGAUAUGCGUAAAAAAGGACAACUUAUAAUGGGAAUAGGACAUCGUGUGAAGUCGAUAAAUGAUCCAGAUAUGAGAGUAGUAAUCAUGAAAGAAUUUAUUCGACAACAUUUUCCUCAGACGCCAUUAUUUAAUUUUGCUUUAGAAGUUGAACAGAUCACUUCAUCAAAGAAGCCCAACCUCAUUCUUAAUGUUGAUGGUUGCAUAGCAUUAGCAUUUGUUGAUUUAUUGCGUCAUUGUGGUUGUUUUACAAGAGAGGAAGCCGAUGAAUACAUGUCAAUUGGUGCAUUAAAUGGUUUGUUUGUUGUUGGUCGUUCCAUAGGAUUUAUAGGACAUCAUCUAGACCAAAAAAGACUUAAACAAGGGCUGUAUCGGCAUCCUUGGGACGACAUCUCUUACAUAUUGCCAGACGCCGAUAGCUUAGAAGCCAAAUUAAAUUAGCUAGACAUAUUAUAAUAAUUAAAAAAAUAAUUUUACUAGAACUAUAUCAAAUAUUUUUUUAGGUCAGGUGUUGGUAUUUAUUUAAAAAUUUUUGAUGUCUAUUUAUUAGACAUAAUAAAUAAUACCAUGUCUAACUAUUUAUUAGACUAAAUUAUUAAAAAAAUUUAUGGUCAAUUAAUUCAUUGAUUUGUAAUGUUAUUUGUGUGUAAAAGAAAUUAAAUGUUUUU